AUGUAUUAUUGCAGCGCCUCCUUGUUUCACUUUGCGCUGGCGGAAGAGACCAAUCUAACUACACCGAUCAGCUUAGAGCCAAUCAGUGCUGGAGAACGUCGUCUUGGAACCGACGAAAGUUGCUUCAAUCAAAUUCUCGCUAGUCAGAACUUCAACCAACUUCGGCUGGUGUUUGCUGAAUACGAGAAGGUUACAAAGCACUCGAUUGAAAGAGCAAUCGAAUCCGAAUUCUCUGGUGAUAUUCGAGACGGCCUGCUUGCUCUAGUCGCUGUGGUUCGCAAUCGACCCGCAUACUUCGCUAAAUUGCUUUACGAGAGCAUGAAGGCCAUGUACAAAACUUCCCUUGAGAACAUGAUCAAAGGUGAUUGCUCUGGAUCCUACAAGGACGGUCUAAUCGCUCUUGUCAACGGGAACUAA